GCACACUGCAGAUCACAAGGACCUGGGCCACCUGAGGAUCGGUCAGCACUUGCAGUCCCCAGGAUGAAACUCAUCAUAGGCAUUGGAGGCGUGACCAAUGGUGGGAAGACCACCCUGACCAACAGCCUCCUCAAGGUGCUGCCCAACUGCUGCGUGAUCCAUCAGGAUGACUUCUUCAAGCCCCAGGACCAAAUAGCAGUCGGGGAGGACGGCUUCAAACAGUGGGACGUGCUUGAGUCUCUGGACAUGGAGGCCAUGCUCAGCACGGUGCAGGCCUGGGUGAAGAAUCCACACAAGUUUGCACGCGCUCACGGCGUCAGCCUGCAGCCAGGUGCCUCGGACACCCACAUACUUCUCCUCGAGGGUUUCCUAUUGUACAGUUACAAGCCCCUGGUGGACUUGUACAGUCAACGCUACUUCCUGACAGUGCCAUAUGAGGAAUGCAAGCGGAGGAGAAGAAGCCGUACUUACAUGGUCCCCGAUCCUCCUGGCCUCUUUGAUGGUCACGUGUGGCCCAUGUACCAGAAGUAUAGACGGGAGAUGGAGAAGGACGGGGUGGAAGUGGCCCUGAUGCAGGCCCUUUCCUGUGUCAGUCUAUUUAGACGGCAUGAAGACCCGGGAGGGCCUCUUCCGUCAAGUUCUGGAGGAUGUUCAAAACAGACUGCUUAACACGUCCUAGCAAGACGCAGGCCCUGGGUGCGAGGCAGACACAGGACAGCGGGGCCUGAGAUUUUCUGGCUGGAUGAAGUGGCGCUGCCUACAGGGAAUCUGUACAUAGUGGCUGCAUGGGCAUGUCCCCCCACACACGCAGUGGGCAUGGACACCUUGAGACUCUACAGCACCUCAGUAUUAAAGCGAACUCUUG